AUGAUGAAGGCUGCCGCCCCGAACGGCGCAGGUGCUGCGUCGAGGAGCUUGCAGGACUUCAAGGGCAUUAUGGACAAGUCGGCCGUCGAAGUCGUCGAGACCAAGCUCCGCAAGAUGAACCUCGCCGUCGAGGAUCGCAAUGAGCAGAUGAACGACAAGGAGAUGAAGGGCUUUCUGCAGCUCUACAAUCGCUACAUGGUCGGCCGUUCCAAGAAGCAGCAGAUUGAGUGGGACCUCAUCCAGCAGCCUUCGGACAACAUGCUCCAGCGCUACGACUCGCUCCCAAAGCCGGAAAAGUCGGAGGAGGCUGCCUUGCUCAGCAAGCUCGCCGUCCUCAAGCUCAACGGCGGCCUGGGUACCUCCAUGGGCUGCAAGGGCCCCAAGAGCGUCAUCGAGGUCCGCGGCGACACCACCUUCCUCGAUCUCAUCGUCCAACAGAUCGAGCAUUUGAACAUCACCUAUCCCGGCGCCAACGUCCAGCUCCUGCUCAUGAACUCGUUCAACACCGACGCCGAAACCGCAAAGAUCAUCCAAAAGUAUCAGGACACCCACGUCACCAUCACCACCUUCCAGCAGUCGCGCUACCCGCGCAUCAUCAAGGAGUCGCUCGAACCCAUGCCCGUCACCCACGAAGGCUACGCCCAUCAGGACUGGUAUCCCCCCGGCCACGGCGAUUUCUUCGAGGCCCUUUACAAUUCAGACCUCGUCGAGUCCCUGCUCGCACAGGGCAAGGAGUAUCUCUUCGUCUCCAAUGUCGACAACCUGGGCGCCACCGUCGAUCUCAACAUCCUCAAGAACAUUGUCGAUCGCGACGUCGAGUACUGCAUGGAGCUCACGGAUAAGACCCGCUCUGAUAUCAAGGGAGGUACCAUCAUCUCGUACGAUGGCAAGGUCUCGCUGCUCGAAGUCGCCCAGGUCCCGCCGCAGUACAUUGAAGAGUUCAAGUCGGUGUCCAAGUUUAAGGUCUUCAAUACCAACAACAUCUGGGUCUCGCUUCGUGCCGUCAAGCGUAUCAUGCAGGCCAACGAGAUGAAGCUGGACAUUAUCGUCAACAACAAGGAGGUCGCAGGCCAAAAGGUCAUCCAGCUGGAGACCGCCAUCGGUGCCGCCAUCACCUACUUUAACAAUGCCUGUGGUGUCAACGUCCCGCGUAGCCGCUUUCUUCCGGUCAAGGCCACCUCGGAUCUCCUGCUCAUCCAGAGCAACAUGUACAACCUCAAAUCCGGUUCUCUCGUCAUGAACCCCGCCCGCCAGUUUGGUACCACCCCUGUCAUCAAGCUAGGAACUGAGUUCAAGAAGGUUGCUCAAUAUCUUGAACGGUUCGGCAGCAUCCCCGAUGUGUUGGAGCUUGACCAUCUCACUGUCUCCGGCGACGUAUCGUUUGGCGCGAAUACUACGCUCAAGGGCACCGUCAUUGUUGUUGCCAACCCAGGCAACAAGAUCAUGAUCCCGGCAGGGUCGGUCAUCGAAAAUAAGGUUGUCGUAGGCUCGCUUCAUGUCAUUCCCCAUUAG